AUGUCGCGGGAUAUUUCUCUGGUUAUAACUGGUUCUCGUAUUCUUACUUCUGACUCAAUUAAUCCUUUGCCCGCUACGAUCGAAAUCGAUAAACAUGGACAUAUCAGUGCUAUUGUCAACAAAAAAUCAUCUCUUGAUUCUUAUACUUUUCUAGAAAAUGAUAAAUUCAUCGAUGCUGGUGACAAUCUUGUUAUGCCUGGAUUUGUUGAUGCUCAUGUUCACUUGAAUGAACCUGGUAGAACUGAUUGGGAAGGUUUUGAAAGUGGAACUAAAGCUGCUGCUGCUGUAACCACUGUUAUUGACAUGCCAUUAAAUUCAAUUCCUCCAACUACUACCGUUGAUAAUUUAAAACAAAAAAUUGACGCUGCUAAAGGAAAAUGCUGGGUCGAUGUUGGUUUUUAUGGUGGAGUUAUUCCAGGAAAUAAGAAUGAUUUGGUUCCUUUAAUAAACGCUGGUGUCAAAGGAUUCAAAGGCUUUUUAAUAAAUAGUGGCGUAGAUGAAUUUCCCUGUGUAAACGAGCAAGAUGUUAGGAACGCAUAUAAAGAGUUACAGGAAA